AGGCCCCGCCUCCAGCCCCGCCCCACCGCGAGCCGGGCGCUUAGUUCUUUCAGCCCGCGGGCGGCCACGUCCUCCCCCGACGCUCUGAGGUCACCGACCGGGCUGGCCGGCAGGGGGCGGAGGGACGGAGGGAAGAUGGCUGCCGAGGCCGGAUAUUGGCGCCGCCUCCCCCAGUCGCGGAGCCGGCGCAGAUGAGGCGGUUAGGCUGGGGCCAGCGGCGCUUCGCAACCCGAGCCGGGGAGACCCUGGCGGUGGGGCCUGGCCCUGCUCUAUGCCGGCGCCUCGGCUAGCGUGAGCGGUGGCGGUAACGCCUCUCUUUCCCCCCCGACCCCGCGCUUCCCCUGCGGCUUGGGGAGUCGGAGCGGGCGGCGCGGCCGGCAUGGAGGACGUUAACUCCAAUGUGAACGCGGACCAGGAGGUGCGGAAGCUGCAGGAGCUGGUGAAGAAGCUGGAGAAGCAGAACGAGCAGCUGAGGAGCCGCUCGGGAGCCGUGCAGGGUGCAGGCCUCCUCGGGCCCGGCAGCCCAGCUCGGGUCGGCGUGUCCACCCCUUCGUCGGGCGCGGCGUCCCCUCGGGGCUUCCCGCUGGGCCUGGGCGCUAAGGCCAGCGGCGGGGCGGGCUCCGGCCCGCGACGGACCAGCAGCGAGGACCUGCGGGACGCCACCUCCUUGCUGGCGGCCGGCGAGGGAGGCUUGCUGGACGAGGUAGAGCCGCUGCGGCCCGACGAGCUGGAGCGCUUGUCAGGCUGGGAGGAGGAAGAGGAGAGCUGGUUGUACUCAUCACCAAAGAAAAAACUCACACCAAUGCAGAAAUCUGUUAGUCCAUUAGUUUGGUGCAGGCAAGUUUUGGACUACCCAAGUCCUGAUGUGGAGUGUGCUAAAAAGUCCCUUAUCCACAAACUUGAUCAAACUAUGUCAGCUCUCAAGAGGCAAAAUUUAUACAAUAAUCCUUUCAACUCUGUGAGUUACUCAAGUUCUUAUAGUCCAAAUGCCAGUAGCCCGUACAGUAGUGGCUUCAACUCUCCAUCCUCAACACCAGUGCGACCUCCCAUCGUCAAGCAGCUUAUACUUCCUGGAAAUUCAGGUAACUUCAAAAAUUCCUCAGAUAGAAACCCUCCGCUCAGCCCUCAGUCCUCUAUAGACAGUGAGUUAAGUGCUUCAGAACUGGAUGAAGACUCGAUUGGAUCCAACUAUAAGCUAAAUGAUGUGACUGAUGUGCAGAUCCUAGCGCGGAUGCAGGAGGAAAGUCUCCGGCAAGAAUAUGCAGCCACCACCUCUCGCCGCAGUUCUGGUUCAUCUUGUAAUUCUACGAGGCGGGGCACUUUUAGUGAUCAGGAGCUAGAUGCCCAGAGCUUGGAUGAUGAAGAUGAUAGUAUGCAUCAUGCAGUAUACCCUGCCGUUAAUAGGUUUUCUCCAUCCCCGCGGAAUUCACCCCGACCAUCUCCUAAGCAGUCGCCUCGAAAUUCACCUCGUUCACGGUCUCCUGCCCGGGGAAUAGAAUACAGUAGAGCGUCCCCACAGCCUAUGAUUAGCCGCUUGCAGCAGCCUCGCCUUUCCCUCCAAGGCCAUCCCACAGAUUUACAGACGAGCAAUGUUAAAAAUGAAGAAAAACUUAGACGCAGUCUUCCAAACCUAUCCCGAACAUCGAACACACAGGUUGACUCUGUGAAAAGCAGUAGAAGUGACUCCAAUUUUCAAGUGCCAAAUGGAGGAAUACCUCGAAUGCAGCCUCAGGCUUCAGCCAUACCUUCUCCAGGCAAGUUCCGCUCCCCUGCAGCACCAUCUCCAUUGGCUCUUCGGCAACCAGUGAAAGCGUUUAGUAACCAUGGCUCUGGUUCUGGUAGCCAAGAAACUACCCAGUUCACACAAACCACCUCCUCACCUGGGCCUCCUGUGGUGCAGAACUCAGCCCCAGCAAACCCUUCCAGCAAUAUCAACAGUGCCACUCUAACCAGACCUGCAGGGACAACUGCAAUGAGGAGUGGCCUGCCCCGGCCUAGCGCCCCUUCUGCGGGGGGCAUCCCAGUGCCUCGCAGCAAGCUUGUACAGCCUGUUCGAAGAUCAUUGCCAGCUCCUAAAAGUUAUGGUAGCAUGAAAGAUGACAGUUGGAAAGACGGCUGUUACUGACCAGCAGAGAUGAGGACACAGAUGUCCACAGCUUCAUGGACACCGUCACCAAGCUGAAACCAACUUUUAUAUGCAGACUCUUCAGAUGAGACUCUUGGGGUUUGCAAACUCCCAGCCUCUCUGUCUUAAUAGCACAACUGACGGAGACGAGGAAGCAGCACUUUAAAGCCACGUGACAUCAGAUGUGUUUGGUAAUCAUGCAGUCACUCUCCACGGGCUCCUUAGCUUGUUCACUAGAAACACGGUUCAUUUUAUUAUUUGACAGAGGCCAAUAUCUGGGCAAAUACCUACUGGAUGCCAAAGAGAAAUGCCCAUUUGUAAAGAGAGUACCUGUGUACAUGGGAAGAUGGUGAACCUAGGCUAUCCAAAACCUCACGUUCAACCUACUUUAUUGUACAAAUAGUAUCAAUAAAUAUUGUGUUAACAAGAACUAAUAUUCUGACUAAUUAAAUUGCUUUAUUAGUCCUUCAGGAUACAGUAAAUUAUAAAGAUUGGGAGAGAGGAAGGAAGGGCCUGAGCUAAAGACUUCAAACAUGCUUCUACCUGUGUUUAGGGAAGUUUUAUACAGUACUUUUGAAGGCUCAUUGGGAAAAGUAUCUUAUGUUUUAAACAUAGCUCACACGUACCCACAUCCAGCUGGUGUCACAGGGCACGCCCACGCCUUGCCUCAACAUCACAGACUUGUGUGCACUUGUUUUUGAUUGCCAGAAGGGCUCCCUGUCAGUUACAGUCUUUCUAACUGUCUAGUUCCUGGCUCAGGAAAGACGGCCUUUGCUGUUGAAGCCACCUUACUCACAUGCUGUUUCUAUCACACAACUAAAAGAUGUCGUUUCCAUUCCCAGGUUUCUAUGAUAUGAUGUGUCUUUGUUCUUGACAAAAUAACACCUCAGCACUUACAACCUGGAAUAAAACCAUAUCACAGGAGGAGGGGAAAUCUAUGCACUGAACUAUAAAAUCUCUGGUGAUGACAGUUGUAUUGUUGCUCGUGAUCGGCAGAAUGCUCUAUUAUGUGGGAGUCGAUCCACUUUAAACUGAAUUACUGUAUGAAGUAUCUUUUUAAAAUACUGUCCCUUUUAACUUAGAUUCUGCCUUACAUCAGCGUUUUCAUCGUUUGUAACAAGUCAUCCGACUCUACUUGGCUGAGUACUUGCUUUCUAAUGGCAUAUGUGUGUAUGUACCCUUGAAAUCAGCUGGUUUAUUUCUAUCGGUUAUUAGCAAACUAUAACUCUAGCUGACUUCUCAUUUUUUAUAAUGAGGUCUGUUUUUUAAAUACUUAAUCUAGACAGUUUUAAAUAUUGGCAGUUGGGUCACAUAAAGGUGGGGCGGAUUUGAACUCAUUUCCUGUAAGUAGAGGUGAUCUGUAAGGUGCAAGUAGAAAUGCAGAGAGAAAGGGAAGGAAAGUUCCCCUCUCAGGAAAGCAUGAAGUGAUAACAGAGACCCAGUCUGCCACUGCUGACGCUGGACCAGCAGCAGGGAGACAUAGAGCUCGCCAGCACACACAGCGCCAGCGCCAGUGCCGGAACUAGAGUGUAGAAUGGAAGACAUUGUAUCCUUGCAUUGGAAGGGAUGAGAGGGAAAGGAGGGGGUCACGGUUAUCCAUAAUGAUGAACUAAAAAACUGUUGUUUUUCCAAGAAAGAUGGGACAUAUGCUUUGGUGCGAUGUGUCUCAUAAAUGACAAAGGAGUAGCCGCUGUCUCUGUAGAGUCACAUGUGCACACAGCAAGCAGGUCUCUGUUCAGUGUAACAGUUGAAAAGAAAUAAUAAAUGCUGCAAUCUAAUAAUUUAAAAGAACUUUAAUGAACCAUCUAUUACAUUUUUUAAGUUAGAUAAUCAGUUUCAAAAGGAAUAUUCAGGUUAUUUAACAUUGUUUUUAAAUGGCUGUAUCAGAAAAAAAUAUCUAUUUUUUUUUAAUUAAACUAUUUCAUCACUUGUUUAAAAAUGUAUUUUGGAUCUGAGUUUGGUGAUAUUAUUUCAGCUGCUGCUGUACUACCACAGAUUAUUGGCUUUUAGUUUCCUAAAGAGAAAAAUUGCCUUCUUACUAGAAAGCCUUUGUGUAUUGCCGGUUUUUCUGUUUGGGAAAAUCUAAGGAUUUACUGUGGUUUAGUAGUACAGAAGAAAUGUGGAUUUGAUGAACUAGUGCCUAUGAUUUUAACUUAUGUUUGAUAUAUAGUAGUAGGGUUAUAAAUGUUGAUUAUUUUGUGCCAACAGCCCAGAAUUGUCACUUGUAUGUCAGCAGAAGCUAUGACCUCUGCUUCCAAAGUUAUUUAAUUUUCUCAGUGUUUGGAUGUUAUUUUUUGUAAGUGUGUUAAUAAAAGUGUAAAGAAUUGGAAAAAUAUAAAUAUUCUUAACUCAAGCAUUUGCUGAAUCAUUUUUCUACAAAACUUGUUUGUAUAAAACUCUCUGAAGAGUUGACUUUUCUCAGUUUUCAUACCCUGGAAAUCACAUUUUGUAAAACUGGGGACCAUUCAUAAUUGUCAGAUACUUUUUUAAAUUAUCUCAGAACAUCACUUUUAUAUAUAGAUAUAAAAAAUUUUUUUGAAAGCAAAGAAGAUUAAAUACAUAUGUGGCCCCAGAUGUUUGUAUAACUCUAGGAUGAUCUAGACUAUGUAUGUUCAAAUUGACGUAAUUCACUGUACAGGUGUCCAGUUUUGACAGUAUGAUGCAUGGUCCUUUUAGAUCACAUAAAGUUUGAUUUGCAAACAUUUCUAUAGCUGAACUUGUAAUAUGUGGUUGCCUCCUUAAUAAACAGCCUGACCAUAAUGUUUAUUAUUAAAUCUA